CGCCGGAUCGCUGUCCCUCCUUAGAUAUACAUAGACAUAAGAACGGAGGGGAGCGCUAGCAGGUUUAUGUCGAGCCAGGCCUGGGCCGCCGCGCCAGACAGAGCGCUGAAUCUUAAUCUCGAUCUGGCGACAGCGGCCGCUACGGAAAUGGCCGAAUGGUCGAAGGCCUCCAAUUCUGCCUUGGCCGCUGGCGGUCUCUCUGUGUCGCUGAUUGAAUCAGAACUGUAUUUCCUCAUAGCUCGCUUCUUGGACGCUGGGCCUUGUAGAAAAGCAGCCGAGGUACUGGUGCGAGAACUGGAACAAUACCAGUUGCUUCCUAAACGAUUGGAUUGGGAAGGAAAAGAGCAUUACAGACGUUAUGAAGACCUGGUAUUAUCUAACAAACAUGUCGCUCCAGAUCAUUUGUUACAAAUUUGCAAGCGAAUCGGUCCUAUACUGGAUAAGGAGAUUCCACCCAGCAUUCCAAGAGUGAAUUCAUUGUUGGGUGCUGGGAAACAGUCCCUGCUGCGAACAGCAAAAGAUUGCAAAUAUACAAAUUGGAAAGGCUCAGGUAUUGCUGCCCUUCACAGAGGAAGACCACCUGAAAUACCUAUUAACUGUGGCAGAAAACCAAGUCUAAUGGAAUUAAAUUAUGCAAAACAGUUGACUGGAUGUACACGAUACAGUUGUUCAUUCCCAGAAAAUAUGUACCAACAUAUAAAGAUGCAUAGACGGAUUCUUGGUCAUCUUUCUGCAGUAUAUUGUGUAGCAUUUGAUAGGACUGGACAUAGGAUAUUCACUGGAUCAGAUGACUGCUUGGUAAAAAUUUGGUCCACACAUAAUGGUCGGUUAUUAGCUACCCUAAGAGGCCAUUCAGCAGAGAUCUCUGAUAUGGCUGUGAACUUUGAGAACACAAUGAUUGCAGCUGGUAGUUGUGAUAAAAUUAUCAGAAUUUGGUGUCUUAGAACAUGUGCCCCAAUUGCCGUUUUGCAAGGACACACGGGAUCAAUUACAUCUUUGCAAUUCAGCCCAUUAGUCAAAGGUUCAAUGAGAUAUAUGGCAUCCACAGGUGUAGAUGGAACAGUGUGCUUUUGGCAGUGGGAUAUCACAUCCAUGAAAUUUAAUAACAGGCCAUUGAAAUUCAUAGAAAAACCUAGACCUGGAGUUCAGAUGCUUUGUUCUUCUUUUAGCGUUGGUGGAAUGUUUUUGGUAACUGGAAGUACUGACCAUGUUAUCAGAAUAUAUUAUUUUGGUUCUGAAACUCCUGAAAAAAUUGCAGAACUAGAGAGCCAUGCUGACAAAGUUGACAGUAUUCAGUUUUCAAACAGAGAUGACAGGUUCAUAAGUGGCAGCAGAGAUGGAACAGCCCGAAUCUGGCAAUUUCAGCAAGCAGAGUGGAAGAGCAUUUUAUUGGAUAUGGCUGACAAAUUACCAACUAGUGAUCUGUGUCCAGAGGAGGAUAAAUUUAUGAAACCCAAAGUGACUAUGAUAGCUUGGAGUCGAAACGAUAAUGUGGUAGUUACUGCUGUGAACAAUCAUCUGCUCAAAGUAUGGAAUUCUUAUUCUGGACAGCUUCUACAUGAUCUCAAAGGACAUGCGGAUGAAGUGUUUGUUUUGGAGCCUCAUCCAUUUGAUUCCAGGAUUAUGUUGUCCGCAGGCCAUGAUGGCAAUAUCUUCAUCUGGGAUAUAGAAAAAGGCAUUCAAAUGAAACAUUAUUUUAAUAUGAUUGAAGGUCAAGGACAUGGUGCUGUGUUUGACUGCAAGUUUUCAUCAGAUGGCCAGCAUUUUACCUGUACAGAUUCUCAUGGACAUCUCUUGAUAUUUGGGUUUGGUUGUAACAAAUCAUAUGAAAAGAUUCCUGAUCAGAUGUUCUUCCACACUGACUAUCGACCAUUGAUUCGAGAUUCUAACAAUUAUGUCCUAGAUGAACAGACACAGCAGGCACCCCACCUCAUGCCUCCUCCAUUCUUGGUAGACGUGGAUGGAAAUCCCCAUCCGACAAAAUACCAGCGAUUGGUACCAGGAAGAGAGAAUUGUGCAGAUGAACAUUUGAUUCCUCAACUGGGAUAUAUAGCAACAAGUGAUGGAGAGGUUAUAGAACAAGUAAUAGGACAACAGACUGCUGAGCAGGAUGAGCAGAGUUUGGAGCCCAGCAUACUUGAUGGCAUGAUUAGACAUUUACAACAAUUGCAGGAUCAAAGAAUUGGCGUAGACCAGGAUAUUGUUUCAGCUAAUCCACACUAUGGACCAGAAACACCUAGAAGAGAUUUCCGUAGGUUAAGCUCAGAUAUCCAGUCACCUCCUAAUAUUGGUCUGAGACGUAGUGGUCAAGUUGAGGGUGUACGUCAGAUGCACCAAAAUGCUCCAAGAAGUCAAAUUGCUACAGAAAGAGAUCUUCAGGCUUGGAGACGAAGAGUAGUUGUUCCAGAAAUGACAUCCAGUAUAUUUAGAAAUCAGGAAGAAUAUAGGAUUGCAAAAGGAGAAGAAGAAAAAUGGCUGUAUACAAUAGAGCAGAAAAGGAAGCUGUUUCAGUCCUCAGAAAAGAGUGACUCUGAAGAUUCAUUGAUGCAAUCUAAGAGAAGACUUUUCAGACGUAAAUAUGCAUCGUAUCAAUCACAGAACAACAUUGAACAAUCUGAUUCUUCCAGUGAAGAUGUGGUUGAUUGUUUUCGAUUCACUGAACAGGAACGAGAAGAAAGUGAUGGAUUGAGUUUGUCUUCCCACGAGGAAGAAUGGAAGAGUGACAAAAAAUCCAACAGUAAUAGUUCCAGUGAUUCAUCGAGUCAGUAUUCUGAUUGGAUUGCUGAUGCAGGAAUUAACCUACAUCCUCCUGUGAGAAAGUCUCAACGCAAAAUCAUUAGAUAUUGUAGUUCUUCUGAAGAUGAAGUAUCAAUAGAAAAAAUUUCUCCACCCAAAAGAAGGAGAAAAAGACGGAAAAAAUAUAAACCGAAAAAACAUGAGCAACAAAUAAAUGCUUCUCAACAGUCGGCAGACCAAACAUUGUCAUCUGAUUUUCAAUCUUCUGACUGGAUAACAAACAUCAGACUCCGAAGAUCUCCUUUUGUCCCACAAAUGGGUGAUGAGGCAAUUUAUUUUCGACAAGGCCAUGAAGCUUAUGUUGAAGCAGUAAGAAAGAACAAUACUUAUGAAUUGAAUCCUCAGAAAGAACCUUGGAGAAAAAUGGUGCUUAGGGAUCAAGAAUUGGUAAAAAUUGUUGGGAUACGUUAUGAAGUUGGACCUCCUACACUAUGCUGUCUUAAACUUACUCUCAUGGAUCAUGUUACAGGACAGCUUCAAGACAAAUCAUUUUCUCUCAAAUACCACGAUAUGCCAGAUGUUAUUGAUUUCCUGGUGUUGCGUCAGUUCUAUGAUGAAGCACGGCAAAGGAACUGGCAACCUUAUGAUCGAUUUCGUUCAAUUAUUGAUGAUGCCUGGUGGUUUGGAACUGUUUUGAGCCAAGAGCCAUAUCAACCACAAUAUCCAGAUAGCCCUUUUCAGUGUUACAUUGUUAAAUGGGACAAUGGUGAAACUGAGCGACUUAGCCCAUGGGACAUGGAACCAAUUCCAGAGAAUGUUGAUCAACCUAAAGAACUGGGAGCAAGUGUUUCUGUUACUGCUGAAGAAAUGGCAAAACUACUGUAUAAACCUCAAAAGGGAGAAUGGCAGGGGAAAUCGCAGAGUGAAGAGUGUGAACGAAUUAUUUGUGGAAUUGAUCAACUUUUGAGACUUGAUAUUUCAGCAGCUUUUGCUAGUCCAGUUGAUCUGAAUACAUAUCCAAAGUACAGUACAGUAAUAGCUUAUCCAACCGAUCUUUGGACUAUUCGGCUGAGACUGAUGAAUCAUUUCUACAGGAGACUUUCUGCAUUGAUUUGGGAAGUGAGAUGUAUUGAAAGCAAUGCUCGGACCUUCAAUGAACCCAAUAGCAAAAUUGCUAAGACUGCUCAGAAAAUCACUGAUGAACUCUUAGAAUUUAUAAGGAAUCCAAAUUGUCCUAACAUUUUUGAGUUGUGUACUGCAACCAAUGAAGACAGCAUUGCUGCUACUGAAUCGGAUGAUGAGUAUAAACCAAGGACAUCUUCUAGGAAAAGACAAUCCUUGAAGGGAAAAAAUAUCACAAAAUCACACUAUGAUGAAAACAGAUGGAAGAAACAAUGUAUGGAACUUGUUAAUCUAAUUUUCCAGUGUGAGGAUUCCGAACCCUUUAGACAGCCUGUUGAUCUGGAGCAGUAUCCCGACUACAGAGAAAUUAUAGACACACCAAUGGACUUAGCCACAGUAAAGGAAACACUGGAAGCUGAAAAUUAUGAUACUCCAGUGGAACUGUGCAAAGAUGUCAGACUAAUAUUUAGCAAUGCUAAAGCAUAUACCCCAAACAAAAGGUCUAAGAUAUAUAGUAUGACACUGAGAAUAUCUGCACUAUUUGAGGAAAAAAUUAGAAGAAUUAUCUCUGACUAUAGAACUGGGCAAAAGCACAAUGAAAGAAGUGAGAGAUCCAGCAGGAAGUUGCAAAGUCUGAAUAAAUCUGCACAACAUUCUGCCAAAAUACUGAGAAACACAAAACAGAAGCAGUGUAAAUCUCAAACAGAAAUUCAGUCUGAGACAGAAAACUCUUCUAAUCAAAAUACAUCAGGCAAAAAAUCCUGUGUCACAAGCCAUAAAGUGUAUACGACUAGUUGUACUCGUAGUAUUGCUGGAAUAUCUUCUGACUCUACCUCUGCCUCGUAUUUUGGAUCAAAUAAACGGACCAGAAAGACAGCAGUAGCGCAAAGUUGUACAUUAUCAACAGAAAGUGAGUUAGAACAUUCAACAACUGCUUCAUCUUCGAGUAGUUCAGAGGAGAGCAAAGAGAGUUCUACGGCUUUGUCGUCUCCGGUACUACAUAAUGGAACUUCUGGAGAAAAACAAAGUAUCUUCAGGAUUACUAGAAGUAAAGUAUAUCAGCAAAAACAAAUAGCUUCACAAAGAAAUGCAGAUAGCCAAAGGACUACAAGGAAAAGGAUAUGGGAAAGAAAAACUGAUAAUUCAAAUGAGCGUUAUGAAACUUUGAGCAAUAGAUUUGGUAGGUAUAGAAAAAUACCACGUAGAAGUGCUACUGUGGCAGCUAAUAAAUUAAGAAUGAUGAGUGAUGUGGAAGGAGACUUCUUCAGCUCGGAAAGUGGUGGUACCAGAAGCAAAAAUAGAAAGCUACCUCAUCGCAAUGCUGCUUCUGCAGCCAGAAAGUUAUUAUUAAAUGAUUAUGGAGAAGAAAGUUCCAUUUAUUCUGAAAGUGACAAAGAAUUGGAAGAACAGUCUGACAGAAAAAAAGCUCCUAAAACUGAAUCUUUUGCUGUUAAAAAAAGGCGUAGUAGUGGAUCUGAAAGUGGUAAUUCACAUUCCGAGAGUGGGAUGAAAAAAACACCAAAGAGGUACCCUGUUAAAGAGUGUAAAAAACGAUUAAGAACUGCUUGUCGUGUAUCUCCCAAAAUGAAACACAGCCUAGAAUGUUCAGAAGAUGACUCCAAAAACCAUACAUCAGAUGAUGAGAGCAUUCAGAAAACAGUUCAUCGGUUGUCAUCUUCAUACAAAAUUAAUGCCAACAGCAGCUCUGAGACAGAUUCCGAGCAAGAAUGUAAAGUUUUACCAAGACGUAUUUUUACAAGGGCAUCAUUUCGCUUCAGGAAAGCUAAAAUUUUGAGUGAUUCAGAAGGAGUGGAGUCAGGAAGGGAUGAUGAGACUCCUUCUUCAAAGAUCAGAAUCUUUUCUGAAACUUCAAAACUUGGCCAAAAUGACUCAUCUAAUUUAGAAUCUGGAACUGAUAGCAGCUACUCAAGAAAAAGUCAGGAAAGGAAAGACAUCAGGAAAGACUCUGUUGUCAAAGCAAAUGGGCUCAACAAAUCUACCAGAAAAAGACCAUACCAAAGUGAUUGUCAGAUAGGAGUUGGUAAAACAGAAUACAUCUAUCGAAAAUUGCCCCUUAGAAGCGGUACUGUGACUGUUAAUAAAUUAAGUCUUGUGAGUGAUGAGGAAGACUUCGCCAAUUCAAAAAGUACUAGAACCGGCAGUACCAACAAUAGAAAACUGAACUAUCAUGGUAUUGUUUCUACAACUAGAAAGCAAUUAAAUAGCUCAGCAGAUGGAAGCCAACAGUCUGGUGAAGCAAAAAGGAAACAGUACUGUAGAAGAAAAUGUAUUCAGUCUUCCACAGCUGCCAGGAUAUAUGGUAGUGACUCUGAAAACAGUUCAUAUUCUGAAGGUGCUGAAAGAAAAAUAUUGCAUAUUAAAAAAGCCCAUAGGCACAAGCCUAGAACUGCAUGUGAUAAAAGUUUAAAUGUCAUUCUAGAGAAAAAUCUGAAAAGCCAACUCUCAAACGAUAGAGGUCCUGAUAAACAUUCUGUAUUUGCACAUAAUACUAUAGUCACUUCUGAAUCUGAGGCAGAUUCUGAAUUAGAUCAAUGCAGUGACAAUAUUAAACAGAAGCACAUGUUUCAGAAGACCGUAGACUCUUCAGGAAAAUCUAAAAAUGAAUCUGAAAUACAGCAUAAAGGAUAUGGAACCGAUUCUCUGCCAAAUAGCAAGGAAUCUUCAAAAAACCCAAAAUCUAAAGCCAGAGUAGAUUCCAGUUGCCCUUCUGAUUUGGAAAUCGAAUCUUAUUCCAAUGCUAGCAACUGCAGCGAUGUCACAACACAAUCCAAGAAAAAGAAAGAAAAAUCAGAUGACAUUAAGAAAGAAUCAGCUUCUCGAGAGAUGAACCAAAGUCCAAUAGUACUCAGGAACAGAAAUACUUAUAAAAGUUAUACAGAGUUGAAUAAUAUGUCAAUGAAUAUUAAAACCCUCAAUGGAAAGAAAAUUCCACGUCUAAGUGCUGCUGUGGCUGCAAGCAAAAUAAAACUUAUUAGUAAUGCAAAGGAAGAAUUCUCAAGCUCAGAAGUUGGAUACCAUAGAAAAAAGAACAGAAUACUUCCACUCCGCAGUGCCUCUAUUGCAGCUAGAAAAAUACUGGAUGAUUUACCCUCACUCUCAGAUAGUGGAACAGAACUGAAAGAAUGUAAAGUAAAGGGGAAAAAUAAUCAGACUUGUUCUUACUCAACUAGGCAAUCUAGUAAAGAGCUAAAAGCAAGAUAUUUAGAUGCUGAAGAAGAAAAUGUGUUAAAACAGAGGAGCAGUCAUAGCAAUGACUCAAGACAAGAUUCUAUCAAACCUGUAUGUAAAAAAAUUAAAGUAAUACAUUCUGAUGAAGAAUCUUCCAGCAGCAUUACAUCUGAGGAACAAAAAAGUUCAAGUCAAGAUAAUGUAACAAGUGACUCUGCUGCAGACUUUGAACUGGAAAAGAAAUAUAAUUUUACAAAAGUGAGGAACACCAGGCGCAAUGGAGAAAGAGAGAAAAUGGGACAAAGUAGUGCUUUGUCAAAGAGUAGACAAGUAGGCAUUCCAGAGAGCUCAAAAUCUGAACCUGAUAGAAGUUCCCAUUUUUCUUCUGACUCAGAAACUCAAACAGAAUCCAAACCCAGUAAUAAUAAUAGAGGAGUUAAAACAACUAAGAGUAAGAGGAAAGCCACUCCAGCAAAUAAAAAUGGCUUUUCUGAAUCUUCCAGAAUACCUCAGAGAAGGAAGCGGCCAAGAGUGAAUGAAGAGAAGGAUUCUGACGAAUUGCAUUACACAAGAUACAAAAGAAUAAAUCGACGCUCCAAAAUCAGAACUAGAAAUAGGGGCAGGCAAACUGUAAGGUAUGCAGAUGAUGAAGAGGAUUGUGAAACAUGAAGAUCUAGCCCACUUUGCUUUUAUUAGUGAUACUAGACUUAUGUUGGAACUUCUCUUCCUCUAAUUCAGGGAAUAUAUUUAUAUUUUUCUAUGAAAAAGUUAAAUGUGGAAGCUCUGUUUUGAUAAUAUGACUUGCACUUGCCUAUCUGUGCACAUAUGCCAAAAUGUGCCUCAUUAUGAAGGCAGAACUGUUGUCUUUAAUAAUAUUUUGUUCGUUAAUGUAGUAAGUGACAAGAGGGGAUAAACAUUAGAUAACAGCUUUAAUGCUGUUUAAUUAAAUAGCAUGGUGCUGCAGAUUGAGACUACCUAUGUCAUACUAUAUUAGUGUGUUCAGAACCAGAUGAAUUGACUACCGCGAUGUUUAAUAUUUAAUUGAUCAGUAAUGAAUAGAAUUAACUAGUAUAUAUUGUAAACAAAUCUUAAAUAGUUAUUAAUUUUAAAGAACAAAAAUGUGAAAAAUGGCUACCAAAUAUUAUAGCAACUUGUAAAAAUGAGCAGUGCUAUUGAUUUGAGGAAAAACAACUUGAACUGAUAAUAAAAAUGCUUAUUGGUUUUAUAAAUAUGUGGAUUAAAAUUUGUUGUCAUAUCCCUUUUAAUAUAUGGCACCCAUGCUGUAAAUUUAAGAUCAUUAGGAUACAGGUGUUUACUUUUUUUUGUGAAAAUUUGUGUUUUGUGCUUUUUCUUUAAAAUGAUUAAAGCUUCUGUUCUGUAGAAUACUAAUAUUUAAGGUGUUAUUGAUAAAGUUUAAUAUUUACUAAAGUUCUUCAAAUUUAAUUAUUUAUAAUUCAGACUGUUAGUGCAAUUGAACCACUCCACCGCUUGAUUUAACUAAAUAAAGCACCUUCAUGUUGGUGGUGUUUUAAGGUGACAUUAUUGAAAUAAUAAAAUAAUUACAGUUCUUGUAGCAUAUGAAAAAUGGGAAGUACAUGAUGCUAUGUAAACGUACACAUGAUGUCAGUGACUUCCUUUACAAAAGUUCUAUUGCCGGAUUUCUUUCUGUAGAAGAGCAUGGUCUUUUAAACCACCUGUUUCUGGGGAUGUUCUGUUGUUAGAUAUGUUCAUUUAUAGAACACCAGUUUUAUUUUUCUCUUAGACCUCCUGAAAUUUUAUUUUGAGAACUAUUUAUUCAGGGUUAUAUACGUGAUAAUUUUAUGAAACAAAACCCUGAAUGUUGGUUUUGUCUUCCACUUUUUUGAUUUCUCAAAAUAAAAUUAUCCAGAUAAGAUGGUUGUCUACAAAUUCUAAUAUUCAGAAUUCUUUAUUUUUGUAUGUUAAGUUUAAAACGUGCUUUAGAAAAAAAUUGCACAUUUCUGAAUUUAAAGUGAAGAUGAAUGUAGUAAAUUUGUUUAUUUAGGACCUUUUGAAAUUGUAUUUUUAUUUCUGAAGUAACAAAUGAUAACGAGAAAUCCCAAAGUUCAGUAAUUUAUCUGAAGUGCACUGCUCAUAAAAUGCACUUUUAUUUGCAAUUUUGGAAUAAUCUUGAAUUUUAACUGCUUGUGUUCUAUAUAUACUAUAGAAAACUAAUACAACAUUAAAUAGUUUCACCCAAAAACAUUUAAGGUAUUAGAAUGGAUACUGAAUUUGCCCAAUGACAUACAAUAAAUGGAAUGUUCUCAAAUGA